AUGGGUUCAGAGCCCGAGGAAACUGUGACCUCUGACCCCUCGCCGCUGCCAGUUCCUCCGUCUCACUUUUCUGAUUCCCCGAUCAUUUCCAUCAAACCCGGAGCCAAACUGACCACGGCGUCCUCAUGGCGUCCUCACGGCGUCCUCACGGCGUCCUCACGGCAUCCUCACAAGGUCCUCACGGCGUCCUCACAGCAUCCUCACAAGGUCCUCACAGCGUCCUCACAGCAUCCUCACAAGGUCCUCACGGCGUCCUCACGGCGUCCUCACGGCAUCCUCACAAGGUCCUCACGGCGUCCUCACGGCAUCCUCACAAGGUCCUCACGGCGUCCUCACGGCGUCCUCACAAGGUCCUCACGGCGUCCUCACGGGGUCCUCACGGCGUCCUCACGGGGUUCUCACGGGGUCCUCACGGCGUCCUCACGGCAUCCUCACAAGGUCCUCACAGCGUUCGCCUCAUGA